AUGGCCCUGAGGAAUGUGCCCUUUCGCUCAGAGGUACUGACCUGGGACUCCGACAGCCUUGCUGACUAUUUCAAGAAGCUGAGCUACAGGGACUGUGAGAAGGCAGUGAAGAAGUACCACAUAGACGGGGCUCGGUUUUUGAACCUGACAGAAAAUGACAUCCAGAAGUUCCCCAAGCUCCGGGUGCCGAUUCUCAGUAAGUUAAGUCAAGAAAUCAACAGGAAUGAAGAGAGGAGGAGCAUUUUCACACGCAAACCCCAGGUGCAGCGGUUUCCUGAAGAGACAGAAAGCCAUGAAGAAGACAAUGGGGGCUGGUCAUCCUUUGAAGAUGACUAUGAAAGUCCCAAUGACGAUCAGGAUGGGGAGGAUGAUGGUGACUACGAGUCCCCCAAUGAGGAGGAAGAGGCGCCUGUGGAAGACGAUGCUGAUUAUGAGCCGCCACCCUCCAACGACGAGGAAGCUUUGCAGAACUCCAUCCUGCCUGCCAAGCCUUUCCCCAACACCAACUCCAUGUACAUUGACCGGCCCCUCUCCGGAAAAGCCCCCCAGCAGCCUCCUGUGCCCCCCCAGAGACCGAUGGCGGCCCUCCCUCCCCCGCCGGUGGGCCGGAGCCCCUCGCCACUACCCCCUCCUCAGCCCAACCAUGAGGAGCCUAGCAGAAGUAGAAAUCACAAAACAGCAAAGCUCCCUGCUCCUUCAAUAGACAGAAGCACGAAACCUCCCCUAGAUCGUUCAUUAGCUCCGUUUGACAGAGAGCCUUUUGCACUAGGAAAGAAACCAGCGUUUUCUGACAAGCCCUCGAUUCCAGCAAUUCCAACGGGAAGGCCUCUUGGGGAGCAUUUACCCAAGAUACAAAAGCCUCCUUUACCACCAACCACAGAAAGACAUGAAAGAAGUAGCCCCCUGCCAGGGAAGAAGCCACCUGUGCCAAAGCACGGAUGGGGAUCAGACAGAAGAGAGAAUGAUGAAGAUGAUGUGCAUCAAAGACCUUUGCCCCAGCCAGCACUACUUUCUAUGAGCUCCAAUACUUUCCCUUCACGAUCUACCAAGCCAAGCCCCAAGCACUCUCUCCCUUCAUCUCACAUGCCUGGAGCAUUCUCAGAAAGUAACAGUUUUCCACAGAGCGCCUCCCUGCCGCCAUACUUCUCUCAAGGCCCUGCCAACAGACCACUUCUCAGAGCUGAAGGCAGAAACUUUCCCCUGCCAGUUCCAAGCAAACCUCCACCGCCGUCCCCUGGGGAAGAAGAGAAUUCAUUAAAUGAAGAGUGGUACGUUUCUUACAUUACCCGACCAGAGGCAGAAGCUGCUCUUAGAAAGAUAAAUCAGGAUGGCACUUUUCUCGUUAGAGACAGCUCUAAAAAAACAGUAACCAAUCCAUAUGUCCUCAUGGUGUUGUACAAAGAUAAAGUUUACAACAUCCAGAUCCGUUAUCAGGAGGAAAGUCAAGUUUACUUGUUGGGAACUGGACUUCGAGGGAAAGAGGACUUUUUGUCUGUGUCAGGUAUCAUUGACUACUUCAGGAAAAUGCCACUUCUGCUCAUUGAUGGGAAAAACCGAGGUUCCAGAUACCAGUGCACACUAACACAUGCAGCAGGGUAUCCAUAG